AAGUGCAACCUUCUGUCUUCCUGGAUCCCUUCCGCCCUGUUAAUGCUUAUCUGUACUACCCCCCCCCCCCCACCGCACCCCUUAUGCAGGGACAUGCCCGCUCCUUAGUUACUGGGCUGGCAGUAUGAGUGCAUUUCAGUGUGGCUGCGUGUGCGUGUUUGCAGAGGGCUAGAACUUGCAUCAUCAGCGCCUGCCCCCAGCAAUUUCAGAAGCAUUUCCCAUCUGAUCCUCUCGUAAUUGUGGCUAAUCAUCUUGACGAAUGUACAGAAAUUUGCAAUCAGCUGGAGUAUUGCAGGGGCUUUGAUCCCGGGCUGCAGAGCAAGUGCCAGGCGGGUUUGGCACAAUGACUUUCCAUACAGGGCCUUAGCAGCGUGUCAAAAUUUGGCUGUUUUCGAGCUGCCUCCCCCCCUCCCCCCAGCCCCUUCGCCUCCGGGGAACUUGAGCUGGCUUCCCUUGCCCUGGGCGUUCCUUCCCUUCUCCCACUUGCUGCGAAAGGGACGAGUCUACCAUGGCCGGGGACAAACUUCCACGCCAAGUGAUGGAUUCUAAGAAGCUUGCCAGCCUCUUGAGAAGUGGGGCCGAAGGCAUGUUGGUCAUUGACAGCCGCUCCUUUGUGGAGUACAACUCCUGGCAUGUCAUCAGUUCUGUCAACAUCUGCUGUUCCAAGUUGGUCAAGAGAAGGCUUCAGCAAGACAAAGUUUCCAUCACAGAGCUCAUCCAGCCAGCCUCCAAUAUACAGGUGGAGGCAGAAAAGCACCAAGAUGUGGUGGUCUAUGACCAGAGCACACGGGAUGCAAAUGGACUGGCACCUGACAGUUUCCUCUCCAUUCUCCUUGGCAAGCUGGACAGCUGUUUCCACAAUGUGUCCAUCCUCACAGGGGGCUUUGCCACCUUCUCAUCUUGCUUCCCAGGACUCUGUGAAGGGAAACCUACGGCCAUCCUGCCAAUGAGUAUCUCCCAGCCUUGCAUGCCAGUGGCCAACGUUGGCCCAACUCGCAUUCUUCCUCAUCUCUAUCUAGGCUCCCAGAAAGAUGUCUUAAAUAAGGACCUGAUGACCCAGAAUGGGAUAAGCUACGUCCUCAAUGCCAGCAACUCUUGUCCAAAGCCAGAUUUCAUCUGUGACAGUCACUUCAUGCGCAUUCCGGUCAAUGACAAUUACUGUGAGAAGCUCCUUCCCUGGCUGGACAAGUCCAUUGAGUUCAUUGACAAAGCCAAGGUAUCCAGCUGCCAGGUGAUUGUGCACUGCUUGGCGGGGAUCUCCCGAUCAGCCACCAUUGCCAUUGCAUACAUCAUGAAGACCAUGGGCAUGUCUUCAGAUGAUGCCUACAGGUUUGUCAAAGACCGGCGUCCCUCCAUAUCUCCCAACUUCAACUUCCUGGGUCAGCUCCUAGAGUACGAGCGAAGCCUGAAGCUGCUCAAGGCUUUGAAAGCCCACGGGGAAAAGGGUGAUGGGGAAUCCCAGCAAGACCAGUCUGAAGCACCUGAAGGCAACUGGCACCAGACUCUGUCCGCCUCAGAAAAGGCAGAGGAGCUCUUCAGAAGCACAACCUUGGAAACCUCCUCAGUUGACUCCGAGAGGAUGCCAGGAGUUCCCAAGGUUGUCUCACCUGCGGCGCUACAGCAAGGGCUCAAUGGGCUGCACUUAUCUUCAGAGCGCAUCCAAGACACCAACCGGCUGAAGCGUUCCUUCUCCUUGGACAUCAAGUCAGCCUAUUCUCCUAGCCAGAGGCAGGAUGCCCCAGGCCCGACGGAGGCAGGAGAAACUCCCAAGCUCUGUAAGCUGGACAGCCCUUCAGGUCCCAAUGGUACCUGCCAGUUCUCUCCGGUUCCCGAUAGUCCUGACUGGCCCAGCGGGCCCGACUUCCUCCUAGAGGCCAAAGUGCGACAGAGACGGAAGCACAGACACCAAGCGGGCUCCCCCGCCCAUGGGCUGAGCCUUAACUUCAGCGGGGUGUGUGCCAUGCACAAAAGCACCAGCAUGGAGGACAGUCUCAAGCAGACCCUUCGGCUGAGCCUCCCUGGUGUGGGGCAGCAGCUAGUGCAGCCGGCCACGACGCCAACCUCUGCUGGCCCUUGGGGGGUACACUUGGAAUCCCCGGGCACGCCCUCGUCGGAGAACCCCUGGUACUUCAGCACAGACUCGGCCUCGGGCAGCAAAGGCAGCGGGAGCGGGGCUCUGUUUGCCAGCGCCACCAGCUACUCCUCCUUCAGCUGCAGCACAAUCCAGGCAAGCUGCGAGAUCAGGCUGAGGGACAAGCAGCGAGGGGAGCAGCGGGACGUGCGGCACAGCUGGCACGAGGACACCACGGCUGAGAAGCAGUUCAAGAGGAGGAGCUGCCAGAUGGAGUUCGAGGAGACCUUGUCCGAGAGCCGGUCUCGGGAAGACCUGGGCAAAAUCAGCAAACAGUCUAGCUUUUCAGGCAGCAUGGAAAUCAUAGAGGUGUCCUGACGUUCACCUUGUGAGAUUUGAGAGCAAGUGGGUGUGCAUCCGUGGGUGGGUGGAUCGGUGGGUGGGUGGAUGGAUGGGUUGGGGCCGACAAAGGAUAUUUAACUGGGGGGAAGAAGGGCGGGGGCGGGGGCAUUAUUUAUACGUCUGUGUGCAUUUCCAAAGGGCACACGUGCUAAAACGAAGGCAAAGCUAAAUGAAUCCAAAGUCAAGAAACAUAAUGGUGCAUGCUUAGUGCCUCCUUUGGUUCCUACCUCCACCCCCAAGAUGAACCACAGCCACAUUCCCUUUUUUUGGCAGGUGGAGACUCUUUGAAUCCUGGAUUCUUUCCUUUCGCAUGCAGACAGUGCUUCCCCCGCCCCCUCACAGGGGAAAGUGGAGAGCUGUGGUGUGACUUCAAAGAUGGGGUGAAAGAGAAACUGUGGAUAAAUUAACCUUGCAAGAUUUCCACCAAUUGAACGUUUUCCUGGAGAAAGAUGAUUGUUUUGAGCAGCGAAUUUGCAGUGGGGGAAGUUAAAGGGAAGCAGGUUCUUUUCUUUUAAGAGUGCAUUACCAAUUGUUAAUAAUACAUUCCUAUCUAACCUAUAGGAAAUGACUUAAGAUUUUGUCCAUCCCCUCCCCCUUUCAGGAAGGGAGUUCCCGUUCCAUUCCAUCAGGGUUGGACAUUGUAUAUUGGUGGCUCCUUCCCAGACUGGGGUGCAGAAACAUGGAGGGGGUAAUUUUCGGUGGCUUUCCUCUGUAGCCCCUGCACUCCCAUACUGAGCAUGCUCCUCUGUGUUUCUCUGGCUAAUAUUCUUUAAUGCUGCACUACAGCGGCCCUAUACAUAUAUAAAUAUAUAUUAUAUAUAAUAUAAAAGAGAGAGAGAGAAAAAAAACACAAAGAAAAGGUUUAAAUGGUUUUACUACAGUUUUUAUUGAGACAAAUAAUAUUUCAACUUUUCUUUUUAAUUUAUUUGAAGCUGUUCAUUCUGGCAAUGAUUUUCAGACAAUGUAGGGGCGGUACUUCCAGCUCUGUUUUUACUGUGUAUGGUAUUUAAAUCUGAAACAUGAGUUUCAAAGCAAUAUCCUAGGCUUGUGGCUCUUUCUGUAGCUCAUGUCAGCGGUGCAGACACCCCAAAUGUGGGAUGAAAAAUCUGUGUG